UUCACGUUUUCAACAACAGUCGCGGCUUUUGAGUCUAAGGUACUACUGCUACUACCUAAAAUUCUGAAUCCGUAAAAUAAUGAAUAAGUAUUAAGUAUUCAAGUCAUAUUCAUUCAAUUUUUUGACUUUUUUUAUUACUUAUUAAUGUUUAAUAUCAAAAUAUUCUUUAAUUGUUUUCAACUUUGACAUAAAAAGUUUCCAUAUUCGAUGUUGAAUUUUGAAUACUCUUAUCACAUUGUCAGCUCCGCUUUUUUAUAUUAUUCAUUUACAAUAUUAAAGAAAUGUUUGCAUUUUAUACUGUAGCUUAAUGAAAUACAUUAAAACAUUUAAAACGUAGAUACUUAUCUAGUUUAAUCAUUAAAGAACAUUGAGAUUGUUCAAUUAUUAACGUCUAACAUUCAUUCAAUGGCCAAGUAUCUCAAUACCAUCUUUCUAUCGAUUGGUUUAAAACCAAUUGUAACACCAAAUCGUGUUCAUUCAUUAUUGAAAUGUAACUAUAGUUUAAACCCAGAGAAAUGUCAUAGCAACAGUAUCAAUCAAAACGAGAAUGAUUUAAUCAAAAUAAAGCAUCAACGUCUGUUAAAAAUUGCCAUCAUUGGUGUACCAAAUGCUGGGAAAAGCUCUAUAAUCAAUUCUAUUGUUCAGAGAAAUAUAUGUCCUUAUUCUUGUAAAGUUCAUACUACAAGAUCUAGUGUUCGUGCUGUACGAACUGUGGGUGAUACGCAAUUAGUGUUUUUAGACACUCCUGGUCUUGUAGAUUCUACAGAAAUUACUAAAUAUAAUUUAGAAAAGACAUUUGCUAAUGACUCAGUUAACUCAAUCGAAGAAGCAGACAUAAUUGGUGUUAUUCAUGAUGUAUCCAAUCGUUUCACGAGAAACCGCUUAGAUCCCAAAGUGUUGAGACUUUUACAUCUCUAUCCUAACAAAGAUUCAUUUCUAGUACUAAAUAAAAUAGAUCUUUUAAAAUCAAAAAGCUAUCUUUUAGAUUUAGCACGAUCUUUAACAUGUUAUAAACAUCACAAUAUUCAUAUUCCCAAACCAUAUACCACGACAUCUGAAGAAACAAAAACUCAUGAAAGCUUAAAAAUUCAAGAAAGAAAGUUGGAAAAAACAGUUAAGCAGUCUAUUGGUUGGGAAAACUUUAAAGAUGUAUUUAUGGUAUCUGCAAUUCAUAGUCUUGGUUCAUCAGAUAUUGAGGAUUAUUUGUUACAAAAAAGCAAACCAUCACCUUGGAUGUUUUCCAAAGAUGUAUUGACUGACAAAGAAGACCAUAAGUUGGUGCUGCACAUGAUCGAUUCAAUAUUGUAUGAUUAUUUACCUAAUGAAGUUCCUUACAACUUAGAAGUAGAAAUGGAAUAUUAUGAAGUAUCCCAGGAAGGCAAUAUACACAUUGUCGUAUUAAUUCACUGCAAUACACCAAGAAUAGAGAAGUUGGUGAUGGGGAAAAAAGGCAGUCGUAUCAGGAACAUCGCUAAGAAAGCUGAACAACACCUUAGAAAUCUAUUUUUAACUGAUGUGUUCCUCAAAAUGGUUGUCACAGAUAAACCAAAAAAUUCUGUACAACACAUGACAGAUAACUUGACUUAAUAAUCUGACCAAUAUAAUUAUGAUCGUUAUAUCUGUUAAA